AUGGUCAUCAGGCACAAAACGCCGGUCCUCGUCGUCGGCGCCGGUCCAUCAGGCCUAAUCGCCUCGCUACAACUUGCCGCAAAUGGGAUCAAAUGCAUGCUUGUCGAGAGGAAUCUCGACACGACAAAAUGGCCCAAAAUGGACAUCACGAAUUGUCGGAGCAUGGAGUUGCUGAAGCGAUUAAAGGUUGAUCAGGGGUUAAGAAAAGUCGGAGUGCCUCCACGUUACUCCUUUGACGUGAACAUCAGUUCCGGACUCUCGGACGGAGGCGAAGUCAUUGCGAAAUGGGACCUACCAUCGCCAGAUUGGUGGUAUGAACACAUCAAAGAGCACAACGAUGGUUCCAUGCCCAGAGAGCCAUAUCAAAGAUGUUCCCAGGCAAUUUUCGAAGCGUGGUUGAAACCACGUAUUCAGGCAGAACCGCUGGUUGACUCGUAUUUCGGCAUGAAGCUCGAGAGUCUCAUCGAGUCAGAUACGGGAGUCGAGGGUGAACUGACUGAUAUUUCUGGGGAGACGCAUAUCGUUCAGGCACAAUAUGUUAUUGGUUGUGAUGGUGGCGGUAGUCGAGUUCGAAAAUCGUUCGAGAGCAAGCUGAUCGGAGGUCCGGUGCCCGCUAUGCUCUUUUUGGUCCAUUUCAAAUCGCGAGAUCUGUCUAGAAUCCAGCGUCAGGGCCAAUUCUGGCAUAUCUUCUUCACCAGCGGCCAUGUGAUCAUCGCGCAGGAUGAGGUCGACACGUGGACCGCUCAUAUUCCCUUGCCGCUGGACUUCGACACAUCCACGCUGGAUCCCAAAGAAGCCGUCUAUCGAGCUCUCGGGGGCUCACUAGCACCAUAUCCCAUUGACAUCGACGAAAUCCUGGUGACCAGCUCCUGGAGACCGAACAUCUGCAUCGCCGAGAAAUAUAUCUCCCCCCACGGCCGGGUGUUUCUAUCGGGUGAUGCUGCGCAUCAAAACAUCCCUACCGGGGGGUAUGGAAUGAACACAGCCGUUGGUGACAGUUUCGACAUUGGCUGGAAAUUGGCUGCCGUGCUCUCGGGCUACGGUGGACCGGCGCUGCUGCAGUCUUACGAGGACGAACGACGACCCGUUGCGGCAAGGAAUAUCGAAAGAUCGGGUGUCCACUGGCAAGUCCAUUCGAUGUACAAGGAACUGGUGAACAAGACGGGCGAUGCAGUGACUUCGAAGACGCCCGAGGGAGAACAUAUCCGCGCCCAGAUUGCCGGGCACGUCACCAAAUUUGACGGUGAAAAUAAAGACCACGGCAUUGAAUUAGGGUAUCGAUACCACGGAUCCCCUGUCAUCGUGCCCGACAAGAAUACCAAAGAACCCGAAUGGAACGAAAGACACUAUAUCCCUUCAACUUGGCCGGGGGCGAGGGCCCCGCAUAUUUUCCUGAAUGAUGGAAAGACCAGCAUCUUCGAUCUAUUCGGGGUGGGGAGGGAAUUCUCGCUUGUCGAUUUCACACCGGACGGAAGAUUCAGCGCCGCUUUUGAACCAGCCGCAAAAAACAUGGCGAUUCCAUUGAAGUCCAUCUUUCUCCCUGACGAGAUGCAUGCGAGGAAAGUCUGGGAGCGCGACGCUGUGCUCGUCAGGCCGGAUGACCAUGUCGCGUGGCGAUCGUCGGAUGAUAAAGUUGAGAAUGUUGAUGUCGAACAGAUCCUUUCAAUUGUUGUUGGAAAACGACCAGUGCCGCCGAAUGGGGCUGGCGGUGGUCUGAUCAGGGAUAGCGGGUUUACGGGGACGAUUGGAAACGUCGAUCAAGAUCAGGUCAAGGGCCUGGCGGAGUUUCAGCGAUAA